AUGCUUUGCAUUUGUCUUGAGCUGGUCAGAAAAUUGCUGCUUCUAGAGAGGUUGCCUCUGGGCCUGAGGCAGUGCGGGACUACUAUAAAAGGCAGCCCAACUCUCUGCUCUCCCAUCCACUUCUCUCGCCUCCUUCUCCUUGGCAGCCAGGUGCACCUCUUGCCCACAGACAUGUCCUGCUGUAGCCCGUGCCAGCCCUGCGGCCCCACCCCGCUGGCCAACAGCUGCACUGAGCCCUGUUGCAGGCAGUGCCAGAGCUCCACCAUCGUCAUCCAGCCCUCCGCCGCAGUGGUGACCCUGCCCGGCCCCAUCCUCAGCUCCUUCCCGCAGAACACCGUUGUGGGCUCCUCCACCUCCGCUGCCGCCGGCAGCAUCCUCAGCAGCCAGGGAGUGCCCAUCUCCUCCGGGGGCUUUGACCUCUCCUGCCUUACCAGCGGCUACUGUGGCAGCAGGUGCCGCCCCUGCUAA